AUGAUAGAACGAGGAUUGAUUCCACCAGCAGCAAGGAUCACCUUUCAGAAUCCACCCAUUACACCCAGAGCAGCAACUCUACAUAGUUUUGAUGAAGCACAUAAGAUUCCAACUGCAGACAGCACAGACAUGAGAGGGGCAGUUGCAUCUGCCAGCACCACUGUGUCUCCACAAGGGUUAAAGAAAAAUGCUCGCCAUCGAGAGACCGCCGUCAUUCUCCUGACGAAGCCGCGCCCUGAUUCUAACCCCAAGCAAGUUUUAUCAACCUCUCCAGAGGAGCUGAUCCACCGCCCUCCACCUUACGCAGAGGACCCACCCAAGUGUCUAGCCCACUUAUCUCUCCCCCCACACCCGCUCUGGGGCCCCUUAUCAUCUCCAGAGUCCUGCCCCACCAGUGUCCCCUCCUUCCUCUGCUUCCCCUUCUUCACCUUCCUCAACUGCUUCCCCUCCUGGACUCUUCCCCUUGCCCCACCUGGGAUGAUCGCCUACAAUUGUUACGGACUCUGUUCACUUCCGAGGAACAUGAAUGAAUAUGCUGAGAGGCCCAACAGGCUGUCCUGGGCCCCAAUGGUCUCCCCACGGAUGACCCUGAGCGAUUGGCUGCUGUUUUCCCCACCCGCCGCCCCGAUUGGGACCCAAAUAGUAAUAGAGAGAUUUGCUCCACUAAGCUUGGAGCAACCUGCCACCCUUUUGGUGACACUGCCUUUGUCCAAAGAAUAUAAGCUCUUGCCAGAACUAUUGCAGGAGGACAAAACCUCCAACCACCAAGAAUUGCUAGCUUAUUACUUGAAACUUAUUUCCCAGGUCUGGGCUGAGUCUAAUCCCCCUGGGCUAGCAAGGCACCAACCUCCAACAGUGGUCCAGCUCAUGGCAACUGCCACCCCCAUCAGAACCUUACAAUACCUAGGAUACCAGGUAUCUGCUAAAAAGGCCCAACUUUGCUCCCUGAUGGUGACAUAUUUGGGAUAUAUCUUAAGUGCAGAAGAAAGGAAAUUGUCCCCUGACCACGUAACAGCCAUCCUAAAUGUACCAGAGCCAAAGACUAAAAGGCAAAUUCGAGAAUUCCUAGGAGCCGCAGGAUACAGUCGCUUAUGGAUUCUCAACUUUGCUGAAAUGGCCCAGCCCCUCUAUGAGGCUACAAAGGGACCAGGGGACCAAAUUACUUGGACUGAGAGAAUCCAAUUGGCAUUCAACAACAUAAAGGACACUCUUACGCAGGCCCCAGCCCUGGCACUGCCCAAUCUAGAAAAGCUUUUUACCUUAUUUGUGGCCAAAAACAAGGGCAUCGCAAAGGGGGUGCUAACCCAAGAUCUAGGGCCAUGGAAAUGGCCAGUGGCUUACCUGUCAUGCAAGCUGGACCCAGUGGCCACAGCUGGCCCACAUGCUUAUGAGCUACAGCUGCAACUGCACUCCUAUGACCCUGACCGCUGUGAAGUCACACACGAUUGCCUUGAAAUCUUAGCCGCCUUCCAGGGAACCCUACCAGGGUUGCAAGACACUCCUCUCAAGGAGGCGGAGCUAACUCUUUUCACAGAUGGCAGCAGCUACAUGGUUGACGGAGUCAGGUAUGCAGGUGCCGCGGUGGCUACUCCUGAACAAGUACUAUGGGCAGAAGCUCUCGGGUCCCAGACCUCAGCCCAGUGGGCAGAACUUAUUGCUCUCACAAAGGCCCUUCAGCUUAGCGAAGGUAAGACUGUAAAUAUCCACACUGACAGUAGAUAUGCCUUUGCUACUGUACAUGAGCCAGCCGGACCCAUCCCUCAACCCAGGGACUUGGUGUACAUAAAGAAGUUACCUGCCUCGUCCCUCCAGCCUCGCCGGACUGGAGCAUACCCGGUGAUCUUCACCACGCCCACAGCUGGGAAAGGCAGAAGGUCAAGAGGACAUCAUGAUAAGAAGGCCACGAAAGUCACACCUUCAGGAACUCUGAAAUCACCGUGGGAUUUCGACUUUUUUAUUUAUGAUGGCGUUAUAGACAAGACAGCCCCAGACUUCUUAGCAUUCAAGGAACAUUUUAGUUUAAUCUGGGGAAGUAUUUUUUCUCUCUUGGAACACAUCGAGAAGUUUCUCAGGGACUAUGCAAUACCAGAAGUCAAAAUAAAAGGCAAGAGUUUGGUGGCCUUGCUUCCAGAGUUUGAGCUCAAGAAUAAACUUACCAGGUAUGACCUUCUCUCAUUGUUAGAGAACCCAGAUCACGUACAAAUGCUGUUAAAUCUUCCAGGGCAGAGGUAUAAGGGCCAAGGCGGAGAGUCAGAGGCUGCCAUGAAGAUCCAAGCCACAUGGAAAUGUUACAGAGAAAGAAAACUCUUCCUCCUUUAUCACCAGCAGAAGUGGGCAUCAGGUGUGAUUGCCAUUGCUUGGCUUUUACAUUGCCAUAAGACCCGACUGAAGAAUAUCCUGAAGGAAUCACGUCAGAGACACCUGGAGAAUUUCCGCAUUCGAGCCAAGCAUCUGGCAGCCAACUGGAAUCGCAUCAGGACCUCCAGGAGGACUAUUAUCCAUAUCCCAUCAUUAGGAUAUUCCCAGCCUGUGCGAGAAUGUAUUGCUGAUUUCAACACACAGCAGAACACGCAGCUGGGGAGGCUAUGUGACAUCUUAGAUGCCAAUGUGAAUGUCAUCUACAUCAGCUCCCAUUACAUGAAUGAUGAGUUAAUGCUGUAUUACAAUAAAAUCCUGAGUCUACACGCAGCUGUCAAAUCGGGGAAACUUGAGGACAGAAGUGACCUGCAGGACAGGUUCAAAAUUAUCACCCCUGAAGCUGUAAACAUCUUCACUAUGAUAGAACAGCUGAGUCAGCUGAUAACCGAUCACCUGAAAAUCCAACGCUGGCUCUUCAAACUGGACAAUGAGUGUGGAGGAAACGGAACUGCAUUUUGUGACAUUCCUUCCUUCCUAAGGUGCUACAAGUGGGUGCUAAAGGAGAGUAAAAGAUACGGCUGCAAAGACUGGGGCAAGAAAUGGGCACAGGAGCCAGCUUUGGUGAAGAUCUCCGAGGAGCUGGCGGGCAUUUUAGCACAGCACGCGCAGCCAGUCAAUGAGAAACGGUUCCCAACGUGGAGGAAAUUCCUCCAAACGUUUCUCAGUCAAGGGGGCAUGAUCGAAGCGUUCCCACCUGCAGACAGUAUCACCAAUCUGACGGUGGACAUGUUGAUAGAGCCCAACGGAGAAAUCAAGGUGCUGUCAACAGGGGACCAGUUUCAUGCCGAAGGCCCCUUCAUCUCAUCCGGUACCACCAUGCCUCAGACCUCAGUGGAUCCCCAAGUUCUCAAUUCUUUGUGCCUCCAAAUUGGAAAUGCCUGCAAAAUGAGAAAUGUGGUUGGUUACUUUUCUAUAGAUCUGGUGACUUUUAUUGAUCCAAACACCUUGGAACAGCAGGUCUGGGCGACGGGCCUCAACCUCUCAUAUAGUGACCAGCUGGCCCUGACUCGGCUGGCCUUAUACCUGACAAACGGUCAUCUGGAUUGCAGUUUGAGCACCUUUGAAGUGCCUCGUUUUGUUCCGAAGAAACCCACGAAACCGAACCGCCUUAGUGCCCUGUCAGUACCGGCACAGGCAACCAGUCGCUAUGCAGUGAUGACCACCCAGCUGAGGCACAACAAUCUCUCCCUGGUUUUCCACUACGUUUUUCUCCAGUUAUGUAAGGCCCAUGGCAUCGGCUAUGACCUUGAGGACAGACAAGGAACUAUUUUUAUAUUAUAUGAGCACCUGAAGAGAGACAAGUUGGGAAUGCUAACAAUCGGUGAGGAUCUCCAGGGGGUCCUCAUGACCUUUGCUCGCAAUCUCUUCAUCAUCCAUCAAGAAAUAUCAGCACCUAAUAUGCAAGGCGAGACCAAUUUUAAGACCACCAUUACUGAUAUUGAAGCCAUCCUAGGAGUAACAGAGGAAAAUAAAAUUAGAUUUGAAGAAGAGCUGCAGUCCAAAGAUGAUAAAAACCUCUCAAAACCUGGUAAAUGA